AAAACAAAUUAUGUCAAAUGCGAACAACUUCGAAUUUUAUGUCAAGUUUUUGUAAGAAGCGAACUGUAUGUUAUAUGACUUGUAUUGCGGUAUGCUAGCAUUUUCGAAUUAUUUAAUUGUCUGGAAAGCCGUGCUAGGAUCGUUAAAAAGUGUGAAACAAGAUUUCAUGGAUGACUUCAACACGCACCAUAACGCACCAGGUAGUUCGUGGUAAAAUCAGGAGCCGUUGUCGAGAACGAACACGAACCAGCGAAUCGAAGAUGGGAUGCGAUACAGCCGAAAUAGCGGACUUGUUGACCGUGUCGCCCGGAGAAGAGGUGCGGUUUCCUACCGACCUACCCAAUGCAAGGAUACCGAUCACGCUGAACAACAUCAACGCAGGACCUGUUGCCUUCAAAGUCAAGACCACCUCUCCGGAAAAGUUUCGCGUCAAGCCGAGCUCGGGCGUCGUCUCGCCCGGCUGUCACGUGACCAUCGAGCUGGCGCUCUGCGAGGGUUUCUCAGUCAGCCAGGUGGCCUCUGACAAGUUCCUGCUGCUGGCCACACCCGUGUCCAGCGACUGUCUCUGCCAGAAGGAGCUCUGCAAAUUGUGGAAGAACCUGCCCAAUGACCAGCGGUUCGAGCACAAGCUGCGCUGCGUGGUCGAGUCCGGACGCCGGGACGGCAUGUCGGUCAUGAUCGGCAUGCAGAUCAGGGACCUCGGCGACAAGCUGGAGUGUCUGCAGGAGCGUCUGGACGCCAAGCAGCGCACCUCGGAGCGUCAGUGGCGCGCCCAAUCGCGGCGCACCCGGCUCGGCCUGCUGCUGGGCGCCCUGCUACUGGUCGUCAUCACGGCCGACGUGCUGCUGGCACUGACCGGCUCGCGCGGCUCGGCCGGCUACGCGCUCUGCAUGGUGCGCAAGUCGGCGCUGGUCGGCUGGUGGUCCUGGUUCUGAGUCCAGACGAGCCGAGCCGAGCCGACCGGCGCCGGGUGAUCCGACUGAUGAGCUGUACCGACCGCCGAUGACUGCAGAUGACUGUUAUUUAGCCAAUGAUCGCGCGAUGACUUUGUGGUAGGCGACUUCGCACGUAUUUAUCCUAACUCGAAUCGAACAUCGAUUGCGUCAUGCUAGACAGAGACAAUGUAAUGAAGUGAAAUGUUUUACAUUAGCUCAUGAUGCCUGUCUACGCUCCGUGCCAUUCGCCAGGCAGCGAGCCAGUCGGGACACAACAUAUGCUGUUCUCUCAUCUUGUAUUUCAAAUAUCUCGACCUGCGUCUCGAUUGCACAUCGUCUCAAACCGACUAGGCUCGCACAAUUGUACCGCAUACUUAUGUACGCAAGGCAAUGUCAUGUAAAUACAUACACGUAUACUGG